AAAAGGAUGUAAAUUUAGGGUUUAGGGUUUCGAUAAUUUUGAAGCAGAGAUCGAAAGCCAAUGGAGAGUGCAUUAGCAAACGCCUCGGCGAUUGUAGAACAGAGGCAGAAAAUCGAGCAAUACAAGCACAUUUUGUCAACUGUUUUCUCAUCCAACGACAUCGUUCAAGCCAAGAAAUUCAUCGAUCAUAUGUUAUCGGACGAUGUCCCACUGGUGGUGUCAAGGCAGCUCUUACAGACUUUCGCACAAGAAUUAGGAAGAUUGGAGCCAGAGGCACAAAAGGAUGUUGCGCAUUACACCCUUGCUCAGAUUCAGCCUCGUGUCGUUUCAUUCGAAGAACAGGUGCUUAUUAUUAGAGAGAAACUUGCUGAGUUGUAUGAGUCAGAGCAGCAGUGGUCAAAAGCAGCUCAGAUGCUAAGUGGGAUUGAUUUGGACUCUGGAAUGAGGGUUAUUGAUGAUACGUUCAGAUUGUCAAAGUGUGUCCAAAUUGCCCGUCUCUAUCUUGAGGAUGAUGAUUCCGUUAAUGCAGAAGCUUUUAUUAACAAAGCUUCAUUCUUGGUUAGCAACUGUCAGAAUGAAGUACUGAUUUUACAAUACAAGGUUUGUUAUGCAAGGAUUUUGGAUUUAAAGAGGAAGUUCUUGGAAGCAGCACUGCGAUACUACAACAUAUCUCAAAUUGAGAACCGACAAAUAGGAGAUGAAACAAUUGAUGAGGAUGCACUGGAGCAAGCUCUAUCUGCUGCUGUAACAUGUACAAUAUUAGCGGCUGCAGGUCCUCAGCGCUCUCGUGUUCUUGCCACCCUUUACAAAGAUGAACGAUGUUCCAAGCUGAAGAUUUAUCCAAUAUUACAAAAGGUUUAUUUGGAGAGAAUCUUAAGAAAACCUGAAAUUGAUGCAUUUGCUGAAGAACUGAAACCGCAUCAGAAAGCUUUACUUCCCGACAAUUUCACCGUGCUGGACCGUGCCAUGAUAGAGCAUAAUCUUCUGAGUGCAAGUAAACUUUAUACAAAUAUAAGUUUUGAUGAGCUUGGUACUUUGCUGGGAAUUCCUUCUAAUAAGGCUGAGAAAAUAGCUUCAAGAAUGAUUUAUGAGGAUAGAAUGAAGGGAUCGAUUGAUCAGGUGGAAGCAGUUAUACAUUUUGAAGAUGACACUGAAGUGCUGCAACAAUGGGACCAACAGAUUGUUGGUUUGUGUCAAGCUUUGAAUGACAUACUGGAUAGCAUGACAAAGAAAGGCAUGGCAGUUCCUGUGUGAUCCGAAGCACCAACCAGGAGCAAAGAAACAAGAGACUUCACCCGUCACCGUAUUUGCCCAAUUUUAGUUAUUGGGAUCUAGUUUUUAUAAUUGCCAUUUCGUCUAUUAGGAAACAUGGGGUUUUUGAUCAACAGUUGAAGUGUCCGAAAUUAUCAUUGUUAUUUUAGCUUUUCCUUUU